AUGGAGGGACAGAAGGGAGAGAUAGAGGAGUAUAGACACCAUGACGAGGAGAGAAGCUCCCUUCUGACCAGCUCUACCUGUCUGCCAUCUGAUAGUGACACACGGGCAAGCGCCUCGACAAGCUUGUUCUUCGCCUCAGGGAUAGUCCAUUCCCUCUCCGAGUUGAGGAUUGUGCUGCUGGGAUACAGACAUACCGGGAAGAGUUCAUCAGGAAACACCAUCCUGGGCAGAGAGGAGUUUGAUACAAUAAGGACUACUGCACAGUGUGUGAAAAGACAAGGAGCAGCGUCAGGGAGACACGUCACUGCGGUGGAGGCUCCAGGAUGGAAUACUAUAUCUACAGAAUACACACCCAUAAUGACCAAUGAUGAGAUUAAGCGCAGCGUGUCUCUGUGUCCUCUUGGACCCUACGCUCUACUCCUGAUCAUAGAUGUGGAAAGAGCAUUCACUGAGAAGCACAAAAGAUCGGUGCAGGAACACCUGGAGCUUCUGGGUGAGAGAGUGUGGAAUCACACUAUAGUGCUAUUCACCCAUGGAGACUGUCUUGGAGACACACCCAUUGAGCAGUACAUUGAGAGUGAAGGAGAACAUCUGCAGCGGCUCAUUGAGAAAUGUGGGAACAGAUAUCAUGUCUUCAACAAUGAGAGGAGAGAUGACCACAUGCAGGUCACACAGCUGAUGGAGAAGAUAGAAGAGAUGGUGGCAUCAAACAGUGGACAGUUUUAUGAGAUGGAGAGAUGCAGAAUAGAAGAGUUGGAGGAGAAGAGGAGUAGAGAUGAAGAGAGAGUGAAAGAGAGGAGGAUGACAGUGAAGAGAGAGAGAGAAUCUUUUCGAUCACAGAUGGGUGAUACUGUGCAUCGUCUGUCAGAGUUGAGGAUUGUGCUGCUGGGAUACAGAGAGUCUGGGAAGAGUGCAUCAGGGAACACCAUCCUGGGGCGACAAGAGUUUGAUGCUGUAGAGAAAACAGCUCAGUGUUUAAAGAGACAGGGAGAAGUAGCAGGGAGACACAUCACUGUGGUCGAGGCUCCAGGCUGGUGGUGGGAUGAUACUAUGGACCAAACCUCCAACAUGACCAAAGAGGAGAUUGAGCUCAGUGUGUGUCUGUGUCCUCCUGGACCCCACGCUCUACUGCUGGCCGUACGUGUGGAUAGAUCAUUCACUGACAAAGUGAAAAUAUCAGUGCAGGAACACCUGGGGCUUUUGGGUGAGAGAGUGUGGAGUCACACUAUUGUGCUGUUCACCUGGGGAGACCUGCUGGGAGACACACCUACUGAGCAGCACAUUGAAAGUGAAGGAGAGAGUCUGCGGUGGCUGGUAGAGAAAUGUGGGAACAGAUAUCAUGUCCUCAACAACAAGAAGAGAGAUGACCAUAGUCAUGUCACAUUGAUGGAGAAGAUAGAAGAGAUGGUGGCAGCAAACAGAGGACAGUGUUUUGAGAUGGAGAGAAGGAGAAUAGAAGAAUCGGAGGACAAGAGGAGGAGAGAUGAAGAGAGAGGAAAUGAGAGACGACUGAAGGUGAAGACAGAAAGAGAAUCACUCAGAUCACAGAUUGGUGAGUCUCUUCAUCUGUCAGAGUUGAUGAUUGUGUUACUGGGAAAUGGAAAGGCUGGGAAGAGUUCAUCAGGCAACACCAUCCUGGGCAGAGAGGAGUUUGAUACUGUAGGAAUUACGGCUCAGUGUGUGAAGAGACAGGGAGAAGUAUCAGGGAGACAUGUCACUGUGGUGGAGGCUCCAGGAUGGAAUACUAGGACUACAGAAGACACACCAAACCUGACCAAAGAGGGGAUUGAGCUCAGUGUGUCUCUGUGUCCUCCUGGACCCCAUACUCUAAUACUGCCCAUCAGUUUGAAUACAUCAUUCAAACAUAAACAUAGCAGAGCAGUGCAGGAACACCUGGAGCUUCUGGGUGAGAGAGUGUGGAAUCACACUAUAGUGCUGUUCACCUGUGGAGACCGGCUGGGAGACACACCCAUUGAGCAGCACAUUGAGAGUGAAGGAGAGAGUCUGCAGUGGCUGAUAGAGAAAUGUGGGAACAGAUAUCAUGUCUUCAACAAUAAGAGGAGAGAUAACCACAUGCAGGUCACACAUCUGAUGGAGAAGAUAGAAGAGAUGGUGGCAGCAAAUAAAGGACAUUGUUAUAGAAGGCUGAUUGGAGCAUCCAGCCACGAUGAUGACCGCUGGUCCAGCAAGGCAUUUGGGUCCUUCAGAUCACAGCCAGGACAAUACAAACAGCCAGGUCAGCCGGUCAGGAAAUCCCAAAGCAAAGACAUUAUUCCUCCAAGAAUGAGUGGAACAUCCAGCCAGGACGAUGACCGCUGGUCUCUGUCCAGCACUGCAUCCAGCUCUUACAGAUCACAUCCAGGACCAGGAGAACAGCAGCCACGACCGGUCAGGAAAGCACAAAGCUAUGACUUUAUUCCUCCAAGAAUGAUUGGAGCAUCCAGCCACGAUGAUGACCGCUGGUCCAGCAAGGCAUUUGGGUCCUUCAGAUCACAGCCAGGACAAUACAAGCAGCCAGGUCAGCCGGUCAGGAAAUCCCAAAGCAAAGACAUUAUUCCUCCAAGAAUGAUUGGAGCAUCCAGCCACGAUGAUGACCGCUGGUCCAGCAAGGCAUUCGGCUCCUUCAGAUCACAGCCAGGACAAUACAAGCAGCCAGGUCAGCCGGUCAGGAAAUCCCAAAGCAAAGACAUUAUUCCUCCAAGAAUGAGUGGAGCAUCCAGCCAGGACGAUGACCGCUGGUCUGUGUCCAGCACUCGGUCCAGCUCCUCCAGAUCACAUCCAGGACCAGAAGAUCAGCAGCUACGGCCAGUCAGAAAAGCACAAAGCAACGACUUCAUUCCUCCAAGCAUGAGUGGAGCAUACAGCCACGAUGAUGACCGCUGGUCCAGCAAGGCAUUCGGCUCCUUCAGAUCACAGCCAGGACAAUACAAGCAGCCAGGUCAGCCGGUCAGGAAAUCCCAAAGCAAAGACAUAAUUCCUCCAAGAAUGAGCGGAGCGUCCAGCAAAGAUGACGUCAGCUCUGUGUCCAGCAAGGCGUCAGGAUCAGAUGCAGCAUCCGUCAUCAGCUCAAGGAGACCCCCUGAUCCAUGCAACUACAUGUACAUUGACAGGCAAGUACAGAUCUACCUCUACAAAAUGGGCACCAGGAUUGACACAAUGACCGUUUCCUAA